AACAUUGGGCAGAGCCAGAGCGGCGGGAGCCGGGCGCGCUGUCUUGGGAGUGUGCCGUCCGGGCCAAGCACCGCGGCCUCCAGCCGCACUUUGCCUUCAUUGAGCAGCGGGGAGAAGGGCUGGUGCUGAGGGGGGUGAAGGUACGAGCCCCAAUACCUAAACUAGAGUUGUCGGGCUGCUUGCAGCCCCCGCAGCCCCCUGGGGUGCUCGGCCUGACCCACCACCCGCGUCUGGGUUACGCCAUGGAUCCUUCGGAAAAGAAGAUAUCGGUGUGGAUUUGCCAGGAGGAAAAACUAGUCUCCGGUCUCUCCCGCCGCACCACUUGCUCGGACGUAGUGCGAGUACUCUUGGAGGACGGCUGCCGGCGGCGACGGCGGCAGCGGCGGGGCAGGCGGCGAGGGGCAGCCGGCGACCCGCCAGGCCCAGCGGAGCUGACGGAAGCCCUGGAUGAGGACGACGAGGAUGAUGACGAGGGGCUGCCUGAGGGCAUGCUGUGCGGGCCCCCGCAGUGCUACUGCAUCGUGGAGAAGUGGCGUGGCUUUGAACGCAUCCUGCCCAACAAGACGCGCAUCUUGCGCCUCUGGGCAGCCUGGGGUGAAGAGCAAGAGAACGUACGCUUUGUGCUAGUGCGUAGCGAAGCGUCUUUGCCCAACGCGGGUCCCCGCAGUGCAGAGGCGCGCGUUGUGCUCAGUCGUGAGCGCCCGUGCUUGGCCCGGGGGGUCCCGGCGCGGCCCAGCCUGGCCUUGACCCAGGAGAAGCAGCGGCGGGUGGUGCGCAAGGCCUUCCGCAAGCUGGCCAAACUCAACCGGCGGCGCCAGCAGCAGCCAUCGUCACCGUGUUCGUCCACUUCGUCGUCCACCACCUCGUCCUGCUCGUCGUCACCGCGGGCCACCGAAAGUGCAUCGGUGGAGCGCAUGGAGACACUGGUGCAUUUGGUACUUUCCCAGGACCACACUAUCCGUCAGCAGGUGCAGCGGCUCCGGGAGCUGGACUGUGAAAUCGAUCGCUAUGAGGCCAAAGUGCACCUGGACCGCAUGCGGCGGCACGGAGUCAACUACGUUCAGGAUACUUACUUGGUGGGCGCAGGCAUCGAGCUUGACGGGCCGGGCCCUGGAGAGGAGCCAGAGGAGGCGGCAGCGACGAUGGCGACGCCGCCUCUGGAUGGCGAGGCGCAGGCAGUCGCGUUGGAGGAACUAGCCCAGCGCUGCGACGACCUGUUGCGGCUGCAGGAGCAGCGGGCCCAGCAGGAGGAGUUGCUCGAGCGCCUCUCAGCAGAAAUCCAGGAGGAGCUGAACCAGAGGUGGAUGCGGAGGCGCCAGGAGGAGCUUUCAGCGCGGGAGGAGCCCCCGGAGCCUGAUGGCGGCCUCGACGGCGAGUUGCUGCUGGAGCAGGAGCGAGUCAGGACGCAGCUCAGCACCAGCCUCUACAUCGGGCUCCGGCUCAACACGGACUUGGAGGCGGUCAAGUCUGACUUGGAUUACAGCCAGCAGCAGUGGGACAGCAAGGAACGCGAGUUACAAGGACUUCUCCAGACUUUGCACACGUUAGAGCUGACCGUGGCUCCAGAUGGGACCCCGGUCUCGGGCGGACCCUCGCGGGAACCCGGACCUCAGGCGUGCGCCGAGGUGUGGGUGGACCAGGCCCGCGGACUGGCCAAGAGCUGUCCUGGCAACGACGAGGACUCGGAUACCGGGCUGAGCUCUAUGCACAGCCAGGACUCAGACUCGGUGCCCGUGUGCGAAUCCCUUGUGUAGGAGGAGCAGGGUGGGAGAGGGAGAUGGUCGCUUCUUUCUUUUCUGUAGAAAUCACCGGCUUGGCCGGCUCAGGGACUUGAAACCAGGCGGGUAUGUGUGUGUGGCGGGGGUGGCGGGUAGGCUUGGAGCUGAGGAGCAGCAGUGAGUGCUCUGGGCAGAGGGAGGGCUGGGGACGCCUCCACCGCAGCGGCGCUCCUUUGGCUAGGGAGUGAAUGUAGAGAGGGUUCGGUGCAAGGAAGAUGGCUUUCCCUUACUAGCUCUUUCAGGAGAAGGAAGGAGGGAGGAGGUGAGAACCCCCUAUAUUGGAAAACAAAGGCCUCAGGAUAUUGACGUGGUCCGAGCCCAUUUUCAAAAAAGAAAAAAAGUAUUAUGGAGAUGUCACCCAUCUUCUGUAUGGGAAGGACUGAUGGCAGCUAGUUUGUGGCAUAAAGUGCUUUUUAAAGAAAUACUUGGAUGAAAAGGAAAUUCCUUCGAUGUUAAUUGUGACUGUGAACGUGUUAAAACUAGCCAAAGAGGACGCACUGGUGUUGGUCUCAGCCUUACUUAUAUCUUUGAUAAAACUCAUAGGCACCAAAAUCUUGGCUGUUUACAUUUCUGCAGAUUUGGGCAUUACCCAUCUGCUGAACCCUUUGCCUUUUAUUUUCUUUCAAAGACUAACUCUGUAUUUCCUCCUAGUAAAUACAGUGUAUGUUAAAACGGGGUCCUUUUCCCCAAAUCACCUUUUAUUAUUACAAUAGCCAAACCCAACCCUUUGAGAUACAGAACUCUGGUAGUUUUAACCCCUGGUUAAAAUUUAAUCCAGGCCCUUUGCGAUUUGCUCCUGCAAAGGUAUGUGUGUUUUCCUUUUAUUUUUGUUGCCACUUCAUCCCUUCAGUCACUAUUAGAAAAAAUAGAAGUUGCAGGAUUCAAGUACAAACUACAUUUGCUGUUCAGUGCGCACUCCAAUUGAAACUAAGCCUUGAAAGCAAAGAUCUUUGUUAGUUUUCAGCUUUUAAAGUAAGCUGCAUGAUUAAAAUCAACUAUGACCUCAACAGAUUGUACCGAACAAACCCAAGUCUAACUUCAGUAUCUUUAGUCAGAGAUUAGUUACUUGUCCAAACCUAAACUGAGAUAGUGUAAAUAUCAAGGUUUGCUAGAUAAGACCUGAAAAGAAAACAUAAAAUAAAACAAUCUAAUAGCACACGUUGGGUGAAGAAUUUGGUUAACAACGGCACGUAGCCAUAGAUAAAAGCAUAUAAAAUUGAGCUAAAGACUUGGCUUGCAUUACUUUUGUCUGGCUCACACCUUUGCAGACAUCGCAGCAUGCAAGCACAACGCCUUUUUCUUAAUAGCUAGUGACAGAGCCCUGUGGGGACUCAAUGUAAUUGUUCCAGUUAUUUCAAUGAAAACUUAUCAGUUGUAGCUAGUUGUUGCCCUGAUGGAAGGAGCCUGCUGGCAGUGUUCCCUCCGGAGCUCAGAACUUCUGAGGAAUGCGGGAUCUAAUCUGUCCUGAGGAGGUAUUAUUAACAAUGGGCUAUGUGUGCGGUGCCAGCCUCAUAUCAACGUAACUGUGCAGGGGCUGGCUCCAAUUUCAGCACUACAUGGGAAGAUAACUUAGAGGUCUCUCUUUACAGAGAAAUUGCUUUCCUUGCAGAGAGCCUUUGCUUGUUUCCAAGAGGGGCCUGCUCACCUGACCUCAAACCAUUUGAGCUGUCUCCUUUUUAGAGACAGCCCUGUCCCACCCUCCACUAUGCCAUGCUAUUACAACCUGUGUAGAUAUUUUCAGAUUUUCAAGUAAAAUGAGAAUUAAAAGGC